UCGAGCUCCAGAUUUCUACAUUUUGUUUAUUUCCUCUAGACCCGAGAGUUCCUUGUCACGCUCUUGCUACGACUGCCACAUGACAACAUGAGUCCUAUCUGUCACGAUUGGCCAACGGCGCCGACGUUUUUGACAGAAACCUCCCAGCUCCUGCGGAACAUCUUCCACCGGUGGCGAUGCUACAAAUAUCGGAAAUCAUUCGAUCAACCAGCGCGCAAUCGAAUGCGUGAAAAAGUCACUGCCAGCAUAAUAUUCAAGGAUAGGAAAAUCUCAUAUCCCCGAACGGUUGCGCAUCCCUUCCACGGUGAUUAUAUUCGGCUGAGGCAGAACGUGCAAUGGAAACGGGUCAGUUGCGAACACAACGAUCAGUAUGUUGUAUUUGCCGAUAUAAUCAACAAAAUUGCUCGAUCGAGUGGAAAGUUUAUACCAAUCCUGUUAGUAAUUUCAACGAACUCUAUGCUACUGUUGGACCAAAAAACUAUGCAAAUCAAAUAUCGGAUACCAGCGUCGGAGAUCUACCGGAUGUCGCUCAGUCCGUACUUUGAUGACAUUGCUGUAAUUCACAUCAGAGCAGAUAAUUACAGCUCGAGUAUGUCGGAUCGAUCGGAAUCGCCUACUGGUUGUUUGUUUCAGUCGGAAAUCGGCAAAAAGAAAGGUGACUUCGUGUUCCAAACGGCACACUCGAUCGAGAUUGUCACCAAGCUGUUCCUGGUGAUCCAGAAUGCGACGGCAAAAUCGCCCGAAAUAGUUAUUAGCACAGAGUUCGAGGCUAACUUUGGUCAACAGACAGUGGUUUUCACGUUCAAGUGUGGUGGUCUGGUGGACAACCCAUACAACCAGACCCGCGUCCAGCGCAAAGGAAACCGCAUGGAGGUGAUUGUGUAACAGAGGGCCUUACCGGAGGGCGCUACCGGUGCUACAGUAGGGAACGGGGAAUUGAUACAGCUCUUUGACUACGAUGACGAAGAUGGAAAUUUGGAAUUUGGCGUCCGAGGUUUGGAAUUCGACUAGAUGCGACGACGUGACGUUUAGCUGUGCAUUCCAUGUGGGGAAAUACAUUUGUUUGGUACGCCAGUUACCGAAGCAACAUUCGUGAUGAUCCUGUGCCAAUUUCAAGGCAUGCCAUAUUCAUGAAGUUAUAUUUGCUGUUUAGGAAUAAUAAUUUGAUUAAAACUAAUUUUUAUAAAAAAAAGCACAAUGACGAAUGCAUAUGGAUGGAUAUUGAGCUGAAUGUGAAGGCGACAUUCCAAGACAUUGAGCUACCAUAUACCAAAAGUUAACCGAUUUAUUCAGGACAUUCGGAAUCUGGACUUAUCAUGUAGUAUUUAAUUGACAUGUCAGAUAUGAAGUGAUGUGUCGCAUGAUAUGAUUCUUUUCAAAUUGUGAAAUAGUCCUGUGUCAAGCAGAAAUCACGUUUUACUCAAUAAUUUGAACUUUUCCUUUGCCUUACAAUGUAUUAAUCGUUUGUCAAUACAUGAGUUUAAAAAAAAACAAGCAAUUUACAUUUAGGUAAAAUUUAAGGUGGACUAAGCCGAUCAUGUCUCGGGUACUUGUGAGUGACCCUUACACUACAGUACAUGUUCGAUUGGAGCAAACACUUUAACAGCAAUGCUUUAUAACUGAAAGUACUAUAAGUGCAACAACAUUGCAAUACUUAUGUUCUGAUGAAAAACUAUCAACGCAAUUAUGGUUUUAUUUGGAUUUUGUUUGGCCUCUAAGUGAAUAUGGAUUAUAACACUUGAACCGCGACCAAAGUCAUAACAUUUCAUGGUACGUUCAGUGUUUCUUGAUAUGCAGUCUUCGUAAUUUAAGCUCAAAAAAAAAAUUGUGUCAUAGUCUUGCAUUCAAGUUUCACAAUUGUAUAUAUAUCUAUUAUACAUGUUUGUGAAACAGGUAGUGUAAAUAACGAAUGAAGUACAUAAGCGAUUUUUGUUUUAAAUAUUUUCGCCUGUUUGUCUGCGAUUGUUUACAAAAAAAAGAUUCAAUUAUGGAAACCUAUUAGCAAUUGAAAUGCAAACAAAACGUGGAAUUUAAUUAUAAAAUGGAUUUUAUAAAUCUAUAUAAGUUGACGAAAGAUUAAGAUCGACAUAUAUUCCAUGCAAUCAUAAUAUAAGCACUAUUAACAACAUACAAACAAGCAUUUUGAUCGGAUCGAACGUAAAGAUUCGAUCAAGGCCAAUACCAAAUUUUAAACUAAAACUUAUUUUUGAUAAUGAUUUUAUCGAUUACCUACUUUUGAAGGACCGUCAAGUGACGUUCGAUUGUAAAGUUUUUUAAAGUAAUUGCUCUAGUUUUGCACUUGUUCGAUGAUGAUCGAUUUUCCGUAUUUUAAGAUAAAGCGAAAAUCAAAACACAAACGGCACUAUCGGAAAACAGGCAGAUGCAGCUGUAAUUGAUCUGCGUUAAAGAAAACUAACAAAUAAUGUUGACUUCCUGUAUCUACUAAUUAUAACAUUAACACUGCAACCAUUAGGUAGUUGAAUUUGUCAAAAUAGCGAAAAAACAAAACGGUAAUAAACGAUACAAAUAAGUUGUAAGAACACACUUUCACUCAUUGUGAAAAAUGAAUAGGCCAAAUUAAUCUAAUUAAAUAGAGAGUAUGUACAACCAAAUUCAUAGGAUACUUAACGUCGCAGUUGUGAAUGAAACUGAUAAAAAACAGAAAACCUAAAGACGCUUACUACCGUGAAAGAUAUUCAUUACAAGAACUAAAAGAAGAUGACAAAGAAAAAAUAAUAAAAAAAUAUCGCAAAAUGAAAUACCAUAAAUUUGUAGAAAACCUAACUUUCAGGAUUUUAAUGAUAUAAGAUCCGGUAAAAAACAAAAAUAGAAACGCAAAAUCAAUUAUCCACUCAACAUACCUAAUGUAGAUAUGUACCGUUCAAAUCGUUUAGAAAUUCACCGAUUUUACGUUAGCAUAAAAAAUAGAAUACCUCAUUCACACGAUGUACAUAGAACCUUUAGAUGUCGUAAGUAGCAAAAGCAAUCGUCGGUUCCCAGCCCAUAGACCAUCUCACGGCGAAAGUGUCUCCCUUUCACUACUUAAGAAAAUUGGAAAACAAUAGGUCCCGUAGUUACAGUUAACUGUCAAAUUUGACAAAUGUUGGUCCUGUUGUUUUCUAAUUUUCUAUAGGAGAGAAAGAGAACGAUUUUUUUUUGAAACGUCAGUGUGCAUUGGAGUUUACCGUUUCAAUCCCUCAUUUUUUUUGUCCAUACAAGUACAGUUUCUGUGCACACGCCAUUUAUUUCAGCAGAAGUUUGUUCAAUAUUUGUUUUAUCAAUUUAUUUUAAUUUUAUUUCUUUAUUUUAUUUUGGUCAGGAAAGUAAUACAACAUAUAACUGUCAUGACUGACUGCUGGUUGCUUGCCGUUUUAAAAUAUUUUCUAGAAAUGUAUUUGGCAUUACAUAUAGGUACAUUUAUCUGAUAAAUACAAAAAAAAUGUGCCAAAAACUAACUUAGUGCAAAUUUCGGAAAUCGAUGGUCGAUCCAAGGCCCUGAGGGCGAAUUCUCACAUAUGUAUGCAAUUGUGUAUAACUAUUUGGUUACCAAUUCAUGAACUCUUGACAGUACACAGAAGAUACAGUAUUACUACACUACACAUGUAUGGAUUUUUUUUAUUAAACUUGGUCAUUUUAUUUCCGAGAUAUCUUACAAAGAGUACAUGGGAGCAAAGCUUGAGUCAUUUAAUAUCUGGACGCACUGUUCAAUUUACUGUAGCGCUCCUGAUGGUCGGGUGCAGCAAAUAUUGACAGCAGCACGGCAUACAAUGAGCCUUUUCAUUUGACGUCUUUUUUUAAGUUUCUCCCUUUUUGGCACAGACCUACUGGAUUUGACGUCUUAAAUCUGUUUAUUUUUCGGGUAUUUGACAGUUCUUCUAUGAAAAUGACUGUUCAGCGUUUGCGCCUUUGUUCGGCAGUUGUAAACAGUGGCAUACACGGACCUGUCAACUGAAAAGGCCUAUAUCACAAGGCAGGCUAGUUACCAAUGCAAACAUCAAUUUACAUGUUAACAUUCACAUUUGACGUCGUUCUAAUCGUUCUUCUACGAUGAUCAAACUAAUAUUUUCGUGACAAACAAGACCAGGAAUUCCAAAAUGUACACAGAAAAGUGUCUGGAAAAGCGAGUUCUUCCGUUCUGUAAAGUUAAGUUUUGGCCUGAUUUGGCAAGCUGCCACUAUAGCGAAGAAGUGCUACACUGCCCUCGGACGCAUAAAUGUCACAUGUUACAAUACAAACACAUGAGAAAAACGCAUUUGAAAUUUCAAAAUAAACUGUGGCUAUUGUCGCAUUUGAUUAAAUUUAUGUAACGCAAUUGAACUAUCGAAAUAUGUAUAAAAACAUAUUUUAACAAAAUAUUUCAAAAAUGCGUAUUAAAAUAUGACGUUUGACAUAAAAACCUCAAAAAUGUCUAAAUGUGACAUUUAUGCGUCUGACCACAGUAACAGUGGUAUCAAGACAACACGGUACAUUUUGUCAAAAAUAAAAUCUAUUCUCCAAAUUGCCAAUAUUGAAUAAUAUCGGGCAAUUGUCAAGCACAGGUUGGAGAAUAGUGCGAAGGUGGCUCAGGAUGCAACAGAAAUUCAAAGAUUGUGAAGUAAAUUGGUCGCUCAGUUUAAUUAGCAGACUGUCCAGGAUAUGAUGAGUGAUAUUCGGAGAAAAGCUCGAGGUUUGAUCGAAACCAAUUAAAAAUAUUUUUAAAGCAAUUGAUCUUUGAAAGUUUCAUAAAUAUCAUUGAUUUUGAGUGCAAGAUAUUCUUUCUCAAUAACAUAUUUCCGAGAUAGAUCCAUGCGUCCAGAUAUUAAACGGCUACAAUUUUAAUAUUAUUAAACAUUUUGAGAUAUACUUGACCGAAUAUAUCGACAUUGAUUUUUCAUAAAGGCCUAACUGUCUUAAUCGAUUUCUCUUCGUCGACUCCCUCUUUCGCUAAUAACGUGAUCAAAACAAACAAAAUCAUUAUUCUUUUUGUUUCUAUAGCAACAUGUAGUCAUCUUCUUCGCAUUUCAAUCAAAAAAUCUUUGGAAAACUCAAUACACAUUCCGUGAUAACACAAAGAGUGGAUCGAUGAAGAGAACUCGAAAUGUCAGUUAGGCCCCAAUGGAAAAACCAGUGUCGAUAUUUCAAAUAUAUUUCACAUUCCUCAUUCAUUUGUCAACUGUUUUAACCCUUUUUCCCACGACUGCAUAUAGUAGACGUUCGAUAACGGCAACAUGUUUACGUUUCAUUCAGCGAACACAAUUCUAUAACUGCAACGUCGGACAAAUGUCAACAACCCAUCAAUUGAUGUUGAAUGAACGUUAAAUUCAUUCAUCUCUUCAUUUGGGCUAUCAGGUAUCAGAAGGCCAGCUCCAGAGGCACGUUAUCCUCCAUCUGGGACAUUUGUGCCAUCGCCAUACAUAUAAGCCUAUUUCAUCAUUUACCUGGGGGAGCAUGGGACAAGGGAUGGGAAUUAGGAAAGGGAAAGGGAAAGGUGAUGAAACAGGAAGGAGUACCCUAGAAGAGGGAAUGAACACAUAAGCGCAACGAGAGCUCAUAGCCCAUACCAUAACGGGUUUAAUCAAUGCCCUGAAAAGGACACUGUAAAACGCAUAAGCGUAAAGAGUGCCUAUAGCUCAUUGGAGGUAGCUUGUGACGUCAUGUGACUCUCAAUAUGACAUUGAAAGGCACGGCAUCGACAACAUCCUCAAUAUUCAAGAAAUCACCCAAGCAAAAACUACGUUUGAGCGAAUACUUCCUUGAAAACGUAUACAACUUUUACUCCCAAAUUAGGAGGCAUGAGAGUUCACAUGAAUAGCCAUGGUAGCCAGACGAACAUCACAGAUGUGAUAAUCGAUAAUGCGUUUCAAGCAUUUCAGAAAGAACGAGGUAACCAGGAACACAACAUUUGAAUAAUCCCGCCCUUAUUUAGCCUCAAAUGAGACUUAAGAAGGGCAACUGAUUAUCUCGGAUAAACGCAAGGUCCACUGCACCAUUGCUCCGGUUAGCGCAGUAAGGGCGUAAUACUGUGGAGGACGUCCUAAUUCUCCACAGGCUCCGUUUGUGGUUAGGUUUUUAUUAGACCCCCCUAACCAUUCAUUCCUUGGCAAGGUAAGCAUAAAGCCGCAUAACACCAUGAAUUAGGGGUCACCUGUUUAGUGGACUAUUACCACUGGAUCAGGCGGUCCUUAGUGUUAUUUUUAGCCAGUUGAGACAACCGCUACCGACACUACACAGUUAUCUAGGCUGAUCGGGAAAAGAAGUUAAAAUUGAUGGUUAACUUCCAAGCGAGCUCGAGCAGCCCCAAAACCGUUAAAUUGAAUGACCGUUAAAUUCAUUCGUCUCUUCGUUUGGGCUAAUUUGGCGCACCGUUUUGACGGUUGGCGGUUUAACAGUAAUGUUUUUGUUACUGCAAGUCCUGUAAGUGCAACAAAUUUGCAGUUAUCGCACCGCCAAAAAUCAAAAUGGUGCGCCAGGUUAGCCCAAAUAAACAGUCGAAUGAAUUUUACGUUCACUAAACGUCAAUUGAUGGGUUGUUGACAUCUGUCACACGUUUCAGACAUCGAAUUUUGUUCGCCAAGAGAAACGUAAAUAUGUUGCAGUUAUCGAACGGCUGCUGUUGUGCCAAAAUGUAUUUGUCAGAAGUAGUCAAAAUAUGUUGGUCAGGCAAAUAAUAUAUAUGGCAACGAUGGAUUGACAUGUUCUUUAACAAGAACGAGACCUGAGAAAUUAGACGUGCGACAUUUUCAUUGUGCGCAACACUACACUCCAUACACACACGCGUGCUUACAUGCAGAGAAAUGCAUGGUAAACGUAAUUAAACGCUAGUUUAAAUUUACCGAUUUUUAAGGAAAACAAUCAAAAAUGUGGAUUCGAUAAGUUACGUUAGGAUUUCACUCGAGUUUUGUGAAUUUAGGUUUCUUUCAAAUUAAUAAUUUUAGGUUGUGUAAUGUGCAUAAAUUGUCUACAUGCAUACCCAGACACUACAAUCGAUCAUAAGCUGGUUGCAGUUUUAAGAAAAGUAAUGCAAUAUAAGGACUCAAAUACAUAACUUAUAGCGAUUAGCGAAGCCAGAAAGAAACGCAAUUUUUGUGCCAAUUUUUUACUACUAGAUUUUGCUAGUUUUAUUUGUGAAAUGUAUAAAAAAAACUAUGUAGUGUACUGUAUAGUUUACUAUUAAAUAGUUUAUAAAAGUUUUCGAGUAUACAGAAAGGAUAAAACAAAAAAGUACGCGAUAGUGGUAUAGUUAUCCAAUUAUAAUAGCGAAAGUAGAAAUCAAUUUAUUAAUAAAUAUUAUCGAAAAACGAAACCGCAUAAAGUCAUGUUGAGCCAUAUUAAAAAAAAUCACAAACAUGAAUGGAAAGACAACAAAGUUAACAAAAGCGACGGAGAAAUUGGAAGAAAACAAAAACAACACAUUUGAUAAAGAUGGUGUCGCAGCUGAACUCGCCAAGAUGGGCGCGAAAAAUUUGGAGAGUUGUGUGUACCGGGUUAUAGUCAGGAUCUAGGAAGUCGAAUCGAAUCGGGAGACUGAGAAAAAAAGGAUAUCUUCCCCAAUUGUCAAGCAAGAUGAUUAAUUGAAGUUUGCACUUUCAAGCGAUCAUUAUGCUGCCAGCAGUGUCAGAUCAUAUUCUGUCGCCUUUAAGACUGUACUCGAAAAAAAAAAAAGAAAUGCAACGCUAUAAUAUAAAUACAACACUAUUUUGCACUAUUUUUAUUUAUUUUUAUUUUUUUUUUGGGGUCUCCAGUUAGCCUAGUGGUUAAGGCUAUGGAUCGCCAAUCCGGAGACGGCGGGUUCGAUUCCCGUUCCGGUCGGGAAAAUUUUCUCGACUCCCUGGGCAUAGUGUAUCAUUGUACUUGCCUCACAAUAUACAAAUUCAUGCAAUGGCAGGCAAAGGAAGCCCUUCAAUUAAUAACUGUGGAAAUGCUCAAAGAACACUAAGUUGAAGCGAGGCAGGCCAAGUCCCUGUGGGGACGUAGAGCCAGAAAGAAGAAGAAGAAGACUAUUUUGCAUUGCGCUCACAAAACAGGCAGAUUUUUUUUACUAGGAGUAACAGGUGUAUCAUGAUAAAUCUAAUACCAUUAAAAAUUCAUCUUAAUCGGUUGAGUAUUGGUGGAGAUAUUGUUGAAACAAGUAAUUUUCCAUUUGAGAAUCUUAUGCAAGCAAUGAUUUAAAAAAUGUAUCUCUUCUACCUUUUUAACACUAGCGCCUAACAUACUUGUAUUUUGAUGAAAACCAGCUGUCCCCGGCAAACUUCAAAGACGUCAAAAGCAUAGCCCGGUUGGAAGCCAAAAUAAAAUACAUGGAAAAAACUUGAGUGUCUUAGCUAAGUUAACCAUACACGCUAAGAAAAAGUUACUUUAAAAUAAGUAAGAUUCACACAAAACUGAGCUAAACUGGAACAGCUCAAAAAAUGAGUAAAUUGCAUUUCCAGCGAUAGCGCUGGCCCAAGUGCAAAAAUCCAACUGGUUUAAGCCGUAUAAUAUUCUUCGCAUCAUCAAGAAUAUUAUACGGCUUAAACUGAUGAGAUUUUCGCACUUGGGCCAGCGCUAUCGCUGGAAAAAAAUUUUACUCAAUUUUGAGUUGUCCCACUUUAGCUCCAAAAUGAGUGAAUUUUCUGACCGUGUAAGGGGUCUUAACUAAGUAGACUCGAAGUACCCAGGUAGAAAUUCAUCUGAGUGGGUUGUCUUGCCUAUUGCGUUUUUUGACAUCCCAAGCCCAAGUCCCCGUUCAAAAUGCGUGCCAAAUGAAAAUUUUAAAUUUUCUUAUGUUUUCUGCCUCAUAAACCUUCCUUAGAUGAAAACUAAAAGAACAAAAAAGUUGAGUACACAUGUAAACAUACCAAUUGUGGACUACACAAUGUGUAGAAAAUUCUUCCAAUGUUAUAGAAUAGUUAUAUAUUUGAAUGUCUUGUAACAACAAUAUGAUUCAAAACUUGACUAAAACAUGUUAUUAUAAUGAUUUAACACUAUUUUUUU